GGGCGGGCGCGGAGGCUGGGGAGCCAUAUUUGUAACUUUGUGGUGCUCAUGAACGCGCCCUUUCUCUCUCCUCCUCUCUCCCUGCCGAUGCUGAGCGGGGGAAAGGGGAAAAGGGUUGUGGGGAGCGCUCGCGUGGCGGUGGGGGAGCGGGGAAUGAAGGAAGGAAGCGGUAAUAAAAACAACGAUUGCGAGGAAGAGAAUGCGCUCCGCACCUCUCCAUCCCCGCACGCACAGAAGGGCCGGGUUAAGGAACUUGUUCUUGACAACUGUAGGUCAUACGAAGGCAAAAUUGAAGGCCUCACAGAUGAGUUCGAAGAGCUGGAAUUCUUGAGUACAAUCAACGUAGGCUUAACCUCAGUUGCAAACUUACCAAAGUUAAACAAACUUAAGAAGCUCGAGCUAAGUGACAACAGAGUCUCGGGAGGACUGGAAGUGUUGGCAGAAAAGUGUCCAAACCUCACGCAUCUAAAUCUAAGUGGCAACAAAAUAAAAGAUCUUGGUACAAUAGAACCUCUGAAAAAGUUAGAAAACCUGAAGAGUUUAGAUCUUUUCAAUUGCGAGGUAACCAACUUGAAUGAUUAUAGAGAAAACGUAUUCAAGCUCCUCCCACAACUCACAUACCUCGAUGGCUACGAUCGGGAUGACAAAGAAGCACCAGACUCUGAUGCAGAGGGCUACGUGGAGGGCUUGGACGACGAGGAGGAAGAUGAAGAUGUCUUAUCUCUAGUGAAAGAUCGGGAUGACAAAGAAGCACCGGACUCUGACGCAGAGGGCUACGUGGAGGGCUUGGACGACGAGGAGGAAGAUGAAGAUGAAGAGGAGUAUGAUGAUGAUGCUCAGGUAGUAGAAGAUGAAGAGGAUGAGGAGGAAGAAGAGGAAGGAGAAGAGGAGGACGUAAGCGGAGAGGAAGAGGAGGACGAGGAAGGCUAUAAUGAUGGUGACGUAGAUGAUGAUGAAGAUGAAGAAGAACCCGAUGAAGAACGGGGACAGAAGAGGAAACGAGAACCCGAAGACGAAGGAGAUGAAGAUGACUAAACUGAAUAACCUAUUUUGAAAAUUUCCUAUUGUGAUUUGACUGUUUUUACCCUGUAUUUCCCCUCCCCACACCCCCAACCUUUUUUCUUUUGUUUUUCUUUUAUUUUUUUUUUUUU